AUGGAGCCAAAGUAUUUGGUUGCGACCUCAAUCUCGCUGCAGCUCAGCACACACAGCGCCGCGUCGAGGCUGAAGGGGGGUGACUGCACCGUGGUGAGCGCUGACGUCGCCAAGGACGCUGAUGUGAAAGCCCUCGUGGAAGCUUGCGUGGCGCGGUACGGCGGGCGCAUCGAUACCUUAAUCAACAAUCCGCAGGUGGCGUGCAGUGCGACGAAGGCUGCGGCGACACAGUUUACCAAGGCAACGGUGGUAAUAAUCUAUGCGAAGAGAGGCGUCAGGCUGAAGAAUGUGGUUGUGCCCGGGUUGAUCCAUACACCGCUUGUGGGAUUGCUUGCGGAUAAAUAUGUUGGGGGGUGA